AUGAGGACUCACCUGCUUUGGUUGUUGCCCCUCAUUCUGCUGGCAUCCUCAGCCCAGGCGCUGCGGUGUCAUGAAUGCAGUGGUACAGAGAACUGCUACUGGCCUACAUCUUGCCACAACACGAGCCGCUACUGCUUGACCAACUGGUAUACACCACCAGGCCAGAAAAUGACAGUGACAAAAACAUGUACCUUUACCUGCCCUGACAUUCAUCAGGUCACAGCCUACUCCAAGUCCUCCUGCUGCAACACAGACCUCUGCAACAGUAGCCGGAGCCUCCCUGUCAGCUGGGGACUGCUAGCCCUCUGCAUCUGGUGUAUCUAUCUCAGCCAGUAGGUGCAGCGCACCACACAGGCUCCCAAGCUGCAGAGUUAGGAGUCGUCGUUCGGUGCCAUCAUGCGACUAGAACAUGUAGCCAUAGGCAGUACUUCUUUAACUCCAGUCAGAAGGAUUCCAGGAGACAACCUCACCGAUGUGGCAGGUGGAGACCAUGACCACUGUUCAGAGUGCUAUAUUCUGUACGCUGGUCAUCUGCUAGCUUCCACGAGCUGGUUUGAAGAGGGUGUCAAGGUCAUGAACCGGUUGCUGGGGGCUGAGGUAGGCCUCUCAGGAGGCCCAAUGAGCUAUUUUGGGGGCUUCUUUUUUUUCACACAUCCAUGGCUCCCUCUAACUACAUCAGAAGAACUGAGCCAGUGCAUCACCACUUCAAAAGAGUUGAGCUUCAGGGCACCUGCUGACUGGAGGCCCGGUUGUGAAGUGGGCUGCUUUAACCUGAAUUCAAAGACACUUGGAAAAUGGAAACCUAUGGAGAGGCCUCCUUUCUGGCUGUGAGGGGGAGGGCAGAUGCUGGGACAGAUUAGCUUGAACGAGGUGUGGUCAGACUGGCUUCAGCAAGAUUGUCACAUGGGAUGCCAGCUGGGUAGCCUCCUUCCCCCAGCCCCCAGCAUGCUUCACCCCUGGGAUGGACCCUGAGGAUUCUAUCCGGAGAUGACACCAAUCUCCUCAGGACUUCAGGAGCCCCUGUGAACUCCAGUCUAUUCUGGAGCGAGGAGCAUCCAGAACUGUCUGGCUGUGAGUGAAGCCGGAAGCCUUUCCUCUCUCCUCUGCCUGUGGUCCAGCUCCAGGACCCUUGUCAGUCAGCCCUAGCGACUGUACAUCCUCCAUCAAAGAGAAGCUGUUCCUGGUCAGUGCGUGUCUACCUUUCUCCUCAUCUCUGAAAGCCUGGGCAACACCUUGCCCCAACGAAGAGAAUGGAUCUGGGAACUGAGUUCUAAACCGGCAGCAGUUUUGGCGCAUGACUCCAUUGGCUGGAUUCUCCCUAACUUUCCAGAGCUGUGUUUGGAGACCAGUGAGCUCAUCAUGCCUGUCACCCCACACCCCUGUUCCAUUCCAAGUACUUUCUGUGGUCUUUUUCAUAGAUCAUGCCUCAUCUAGGCCUGAUCAUAAGGUUCCCGCUGCCUUCUUACACAAGGAUGUGCUGUGUAAGAUCAGCACCCUGGGGUUGAACUCAGGUGACCUCCUGCUUGUCACUGAGAAGGCAGAUAGGCUGCUCCUGGAAAUAUGGUUGGCUGGGAAGGGCAGAGCUCAGAAUCUUACUUGGUGCAGGUCCCCAGAGUCCUAGAGACCAACAGACUUCUACUGAAGAAUGGCGCUUGGCGCUGAAAUUGGGUAGGCUGGAGUUUCUUGAUGAGACCAGAGGACCCAAAGAGAGGGACAGUCGCCAGAUGAGAGCAGGGCAUGCAAGACAGUGUGUGGAGCUGCAUGAGGGGCUUUGUUGCUAUAGAAAUGAAGAUUUCCAUCAGUGCCCUGACUGGCUUCUAAACUCCCCAGGUCAACGGACUGCUUGAGCAGGGGUCUCGUUAGUCGCUUGUCCCCCAGAAUCCAGGAUCUCCCUGGCUUUCUUGGUAGUGCACAAGUGCUGGGGACCCUCUUCCACCGAGCUUCCCGCACCCAGAACUGACACCACACAGGUCUGAGACGGGCUGGCUCAGGGGCAGGUGUCCCAUAGGCUCCAAAGGCCCCUUAAAAAUUUUACUUUAUUACAGUGUCUGUCCUUCAAGCAUUCACUCCAGAAUGGUUUUCCAUGCUGCAGGUCACAUCCCUCAGACCCAACCUGGAAGGGGUCACCCUCUUGCCACCACUCACUCCUAUGUCCUGGGGCACAGACUCUAAUUUUUCUUUUCACUUGCUUAUCAGUAAAAUGAGAACACAAGGCUCUGUGUCCAAAGGGUAGAAACAACACAUUAAGGCCCAAGAUGUGGUUCAGAGGGUAGAGCGCCUGUUUUGCGGUGUAGGAACCCCGGGCUUCCAUUCUUAGCACCCUGUCAAGGGAACGUUAUGGCUCCUGUAACCUCAGCACUGGGGAGGUGGAGGCAGGAGGGUCAGAAGGUCAAGGACAUCUUUGCCUGGAUAUCGAGUUUGAAGCCACAUAAGGUCAACCUGGGAGACAAGAGACUGUCUCUAAAUAA